AUGGAAGAUGAAUUUAAACUCGAAAUAGGGAGAGAGUUUGAAAGUUUAGAUGAAGCUUGGAACUUUUGGAAUGAAUAUGGGAGUAAAAUUGGUUUUGGAGUUAGAAAGUAUAAUGGAACAAAGAGUAAAAAAGAUGGUUCCAUUAUUACAUAUAGAUAUGUAUGUUGUAAGGAGGGUAUUCGGAAAAAAGAUAGAAGAGAGACAACCACUUCUAGAUAUCGGCCUGAGAUAAGAACCAAUUGCAAGGCAAGAAUGGUUGUAUCUCGUAUAGAUGAAAAAUUCAAAAUCACCAAGUUUAAUGAAGAACACAAUCACCCUCUUCAUACACAAGAAACAGUGCACUUGUUACCAUCACAGAGAAAUUUAUCAGAAGUUCAGGCUCAUGAAGUAGAUCUUGCAGAAGAAUCUGGGCUUGAACCUAAGGAAGCUUUUGACUUAAUGAGUACAUAUGCUGGUGGUCAAGAAAAUCUUGGUUAUACCAUGAUAGAUGCAAGGAACUACUUGAUGAAGAAAAGGCGAAAGCAUAUAAAGUUUGGAGAGGUGGGAUGUCUUCUUGAAUAUUUUCAAAAACGAAUUGUUGAAAAUCCUUCAUUUUAUCACAAAUACCAAUUGGAUAUGGAACAACAAGUUACCAAUGUGUUUUGGGCAGAUGCUCGUAUGUUAAAAGAUUAUGCACAUUUUGGUGAGGUUGUAUCACUAGACACGACAUAUAGUACAAACAGGGAUCAUCAGCCCCUUGCACUUUUUUCUGGUUUUAACCAUCAUAGAAGUGUGGUUAUUUUUGGAGCAGCGUUGUUAUAUGAUGAGACCAUUGAGUCUUUUAAGUGGCUGUUGGAAACUUUCUUAGAUGCUCACACACAAAACAAGCCUCAAACAGUGUUUACUGACCAGGAUCAAGCUAUGGCUAGAGCAUUGAGUGAAAUACUUCCUAAUACAAGACAUUGUUUGUGCACUUGGCAUUUAUUACAAAAUGGCAUUAAACACCUUGGGAACUUGAUGAAAGAAGGUUCACACUUUUUGACUGACUUCAAAAAAUGUAUGUUUGAUUAUGUCCAAGUGGAUAAAUUUGAAGAAGCCUGGAGUAAAUUGUUAUCUUCUUACAAUGUCCAUGAAAAUGGAUGGUUGAACUCCACUUACAAUAUUAAGGAGAAAUGGGCCAGGUGUUAUAUGAAAGAUGCCUUCACACUAGGUAUGAGAAGCACACAGGUUAGUGAAAGUGUGAAUGCUGAGGUGAAGAGAUGCACAAAGCCAAAAUUAGAUAUUAAUCGAUUCUUCAAGAGAUUUGAUAAAGUUGUAGAAAAGAAACGAUUUAAAGAGUUACAACUUGAGUAUGAAUCUUGA